GCUAAACACAAUGAGCAUGAAGAAACAAGGCCAUUGAUGAUUGUAUAAAAACUAAAUAAUAAAAUUCAUGCACUUUUUUUUAACCUUUACUAUGGAAACCAGAAAAAGUAUAAAACGCGUUUCUUUUUCUGAUCAGAAAGCGAAAGUAGAUGUCUACAUUGAAGAGAUUCUCGAUCCUGCUUAUGGUUGUUAUAUAUGGCCUUGUUCACUUGUUAUGGCAGAAUUUGUUUGGUAUAACCGAUUCCAAUUUGAGCAUAAAACUCUAUUAGAAGUAGGAGCAGGCACUUCAUUACCAUCACUUGUGCUUGCAAAAUCUGUUGAUGAAUUACGACUUAUCUUGAGCGAUAUACCUAGUAUUUUACCUGUCAUUCAGGGAUGUGUUCAAAGAAACCAUACCGAUAAAGAUAUCUGGAUUGAACCUAUUGAAUGGGGAGCAAGGGAUAGUAUUGAUCAUUUAACAAAGCGUGUGGAAACUGAAUGGGAUACUAAAAUUGAUUAUAUCUUGGGCAGCGAUACAUUCUAUGAACCCUCAGAAUUCGAAAACUUGCUUGUGCUAGUAUCCUUUGUCAUACAUACACACAAUCCAAACUGCAAAUUCUUUACAGCCUAUCAGGAAAGAAGCCCUAAAAGAAGCAUACAGCGCUUACUAGACAAAUGGAACUUGAAGUGCAGGCUUAUAUCUAAACAAUCAUUUGAAUUCGAUGACCUCAAGUAUACAGAAUCACAAGACAAUCAAUCAGAAGUUCAAGUAAAUGCAGGUACACUCUCAAGUGUCUUUUUGUUAGAGAUUAGCAAAUAAAGCGACUGCUUUUACUUUUUUGCAUUUAAAAGUGGCUAAACAUCGCUUUUU